AUGGUCAUCGAACUGUACCAAUUACCCUUCUCUGCUCCUUGCCGACAAGUAAUGAUGGUUGGUAAAAUCCUCAACCUUCCUAUUGAGACUAAACCUCUGGAUCUGAUGCAAGGCGAACACUUAAAACCCGAAUUUCUGAAGAUCAACCCUUUCCACUGUAUCCCAACCUUGGUCGAUGAUGGAUUUGCUUUGUGGGAAAGUCGGGCAAUCAUGACUUAUCUGGUUAACAAGUAUGCACCUGAAAGCAGUCUUUAUCCCAAAGACUUACAAGCUCGUGCAACUGUAGACCGAUGGCUUUACUGGGAUAAUGGAUCACUCUACGCCUCUCUUGGUGCCUAUUAUUUCCCCAUUGUACGUCAAGGAGUCAAACCAGAUCCAGCAGUUGCAACGCUUUUCAUGGAUAAAGUUAAGCUUCUUGAUGAGGCCCUUGCAAAGACCAAGUACUUGUGUGGAGACACCAUUACUUUGGCUGACCUUGCUGUUUUGACUAGCAUAACAACUGCCAAAGGUGCGGACCUUGAUCUCAGCGCAUUUAAAAAUGUUGACCGAUGGUUGAAGGAACUGGAAACUAACUAUGCUAGUUGGUGGAAAGAGUUGGUCACCGAGCCUGUUGAAGGAUUCAGAGGUUUCCUUCGGGCCAGGCUUGGUUA